UCGUUAGUACGCAAGUGCGCAGCGUUGCUAGUUGCUGUGAGCUAACGGUAGUGAAAAAUGGCUCAGGGAAAACAGAAGUUUAAAGCGCAGAAACCCGGCGGAGGCAAAAAACCUCCUAAUAAACAGAAGGGACCGAAGAAAGGAGGGAGGAUCAUCGCCCCCAAGAAGGCGGCGGUGGUUCAUCAACAGAAACUGAAGAAGGGUCUGGAGGUGGCCAUCAGGAACAAGAUCGAAGAGGAGGUGUUGCAGAAAGCCAGCGGGAAGCUGCACAAGAAGCUCAGCGUGCUCAAGACCCCCCAGGGGAAAGGAGGGAAGGGGGGGGCGGGCGGCGCCGCCGCCGCCGCCGCGGCUUCCUCCAAAUAGCGGCCCGCGCCCUUUAUUCGCACCCUGUGCAGCUCGUCUCGUCUGGUCUAGUUUAGCGCCACCUGCAGGCUGCGGACGAUUGAGUAAAACUUGGGUCCUGGGACCCUCUACCACUUGCACCCGGCCCCUGAAACGUGUACAUUCACCGUUACACCUUGUAAACCACAGUGUGAUCAGAUUGCUGUAUUAAAACAAAAGGAACUCGGA